CGCAAUUUGGUGUCAAUUGCCGCCGGUUGCUUCUUCGGCCAGAGUAAUGCCAUGGUCGCCGCCCUCCAAAUGGCGGGCGCUGCGUUGACUUCACAGCCUACUUUUGUCUACUUCUUUCCUUUUGGAAGUACAAGUAUGGUAUUGAUAAACCGCCCGUCCAACUGCCAUUUUCGCCUUCGCCAAAUCUCCAAACGCCCAUGACUCCUCCUCCCAAGGCCGCUGCUGCCGAACCUCGCGAAUCGCCGGCGGUUGUCGACGACUCGAACGGGAUCCGCCGGAACAAUAAGCGGAAGCCGGUCGUCAUCUACAUGGUCUCGCCCGAGGUCAUCCACGUGAAGGCCAGCGAGUUCAUGACCCUGGUGCAGCGCCUCACCGGCCCCAGCGCCGCCGCCGGCGAGGAGUGCUCGUCCCCCCGCGUCAGCGUCAACCGCCAGGUGGUGCCGGUGAGGGUCAAAGCGCGGGCGCUGAUCCGGCAGCCUCCGACGCCGGCGCGAGAUUCGCCGUCGUCUCAGCUUUCGACGCUGUUCUUCCACGACUUGAGUCCGCCAUCAACAUACGCGGCGCGGAAGGACGAGCCGAUGGCGGCGCCGCAGAGUUGGUUGCUUGGCGGCGAGUACUUGGACCAGAGUCCUCGCCGUGAACCGGGGCUGGGGAGCGGUUCGGCUUACCUCGAUGCUUUGGACCGGCGGCCGGAAAGAUUGGGAGGGCGGCGUUGAUCGUAUGAUCAAAGAUUAAUUAUCCUGUUAAUUAAUUCCCUUGGAUAGCUGGUGAAUCUGCUGCCGGUUUUAUUUUAAUUUGCAUGUAAUUAAAUGUUUAAAUUGAGUGAUUUUAUAUUGUGGUUUUGGAAUAGCAAUAAGAAGUCUUCU